AUGAAGGAAGAAGAACUAUCAUACAUAUUAAAGUUGCUUGAUAAGCUUACACCAGAGAUAUAUGAUGAAAUUAUACAGUGGUAUUAUGACAUACAAGAAUCAAAAAAAUGUAAAGAAUUCAGUAAAGACACUUUAGAUUUUUUUAAGAAUAAUUUAAGAAUUAAUCCUGUUACAACAACUACUAUAUUGAGAUACGUACAAGAAAACGCUGUUCAAAACAAUACAAAUUUGAAUGAAAUACAAAAUUUGUAUUUAGAUAGUCUAAAGAAUGAAUUAAGUGACAUAAAUUCCAUAGACAGACUAUUAACACUUUUAUCAUUAGUGCGAUGGAAUGCCAAUUUUAUGCCACAAUUCACAAGCCAAAUUCUACACCAUAUUUCUGAAGAAAGUUUUAGACAAUACAGGAAACAAAUUUUGUUGAGUCUUAUACCUCAUGGAACACCUGAGUUUUUGCAUAUUAUAUCAGAUUUAAUCCAAAAAAAUGAACCACAAAAAGAAUUUAAAUUAACACCAGAAUAUAUGCUUGAACUAUGCUACCAAGAUAGAACACAUUGGCUUUUAAAAGCAGCCAUGGUUUACAAGCAACAACUCCAUGACAUGAAGAAUGUAACAUUCAAAAUUAACAAUUUUACCAAACAAAUACUCAUUAUGGUGCUGAUAGAUCUAACUAACAGUCCAGAAACAUUUGAUUUAACUUCUUUGGUUCAUCAAUUGUCAAACAUAUUCUCUAUUCUUGACACAUACACUACUGCUGAUGACCAACUGCAAUUUUAUAUAAUAGAAGUAAAAAGAGAACUGACUAUAAUCAAAUUUUGUUUGGAAAACAAUUGUAAAAUUAUGACAACUUCUAUAUUCAGCCAAGUUUUGGCGCAAAGUGCUUUAGGUGUGAUAUCUCAGGUAUGCAGGCUUUCAAAAGUAGAUAGAUAUAAAGUCUCUAGACUUUUAAAUACAAACAAUGAUUUUAUAACUGAAUUAAAGUCAUUAAAAAAAACGAAUAAAAAAAGUCUCGAUUCUAACUGGGAUGUUAUGACUUAUAACAGUUACUGUGCUAUAACAAAAAUUAUCGAUACUGUAGUGAACUCCUCCGAAGGACUCGAAGAUUCUCAAGACACUGUAUCAUCAUUGGAAGAAGUAAAAAGACUAGUUCUUUCAAUUCAACCUUUGCCAAACUGUAUUGAAGUCAUUGAAAAUAUUUUUUCAUGUCUGUUUCUACGAUAUGAAUAUUUUUCAUGUCAUGAACAUAGUCAAGACUAUCCAUGUGGAGCGCAUUCUGAUUGUUCAUAUUUUUUCUCAAAAAAUCUAAAUAAGAAUUCAAAAAGCAGUGGCAGCAGUAAUGCUGGAUUUAUGUGUAAUUCAUAUACAACGCAGCUUGUGUUGAAUACCUUGAAAUUGUGUUUAGAGAAAUUGGAAGAAAAUUUUGAGGUUGAUGACAGUGAAACUUCUUUAAGAUUAAAGAAGCUAGUCAAAGUAGUGAAUCAUUCUAUAUGGAAGCUACAGUUGGUGUCAACUCUCUCUCCUGACACUAGUCCAUUGCCACUGAAGCUAUGUUUGGAUUAUGUAGAAGUAGAUGACAGUAGUGAGGACGAAAAUCGAGAGUUAGAAUUGAAACCUUUUCGGAAAAAACCAAAGUCUAGAAAAAAACUCAAUAAUGCCAAGCACGACACAGACCAAGUUAUGUUUGCUUCCACUGUCUCAGACGAAACAUACAGUUCAAAGAAAACGAAUGGCAUCGACUUCAUAUCUAUUAUGCUAUCGAAACCUACAAGCCUUGUUGCCCUAGCACUUUACCACAACGAUUUCUCUAAGGCAAAUCAGAUUUUAGAGAUGUUCGAUUUAGCGGAUUCUGAAAUAGCCACAGAAGUGACGUUUACAGAACAAUUACGUAACUUAAUAGCAAAGAUUAAAAAUAUAAUUUACUAUAGAGAUGAUACCCGUUAUGCGACCAAAGAGCUGUCAGCACUGUCGGUUGUAUCAACCGAAGUCAUGGGUCUCGUGGAAGGUUUCCUCGCCUCAAACAGGGCGCCAAAUUCUUUCGACAUUAUGGAAUUAGGUGCACGCCAUCCUCACUUACAAUUAUAUAACCAUCAAAAUGCUCCAUUUAUAAAUGCCGUAGACAUCCUACUAAGUAGUGGUCUUAAUAGAGAAAUCACGUACGGUUUAAUAAACGUCGUUGAGAGAAAACUCGCCGAAGUUAGAAGCUGCACUGACAUCGCAGCAGUUAAGAAAAACAAUUAUAUUCGAUUCAUCGAAGAUAUAGCCAGCGUUACGUUCGAAAUAUUUGGUAACACGGAAAAGUCGUUUGAUUUUAUCGACAACAUUUGCGGGUUGAUUACGGAUUGCCGUGUUCCCAUUCGACAUAAGGAAUUUUGCAAAUUGAAUCAAUUAUCUAAAGAAUUGCGGCAGUCAUGUGAAGAUUUAGCCGACGUCGUAUAUCCAAAUGAAUCGAUCGAGCUAGAUGCUAAUUUAUUACAAAAGUAUCAUCAAAUUUUCAUGAAUGUCGUCGCUGCCUCUGACAAGGAUUUAUGUAACGUAGGGGAAGUGUCUCGUCAAGGCAAUAAGAAAACAAGAACUCCGUAUUUAAGAAUGUGUUACAUGUACUGUAAAACGGUGUCUCAAUUGGAACAGGAAGACAAUCGUUCCAAUGAAACCAUUGAUAAACCUUACUUCUCGGUAUUAGAUCGACCACUCCAUGACAUUUUCGGUAACAUGAUUAAUAACAAAGAGAUACCGGUUACUAACUUGGAGCCUAUAUGCAAGAAGUUAAACGUUAAUUUAAUACCAAAACUUAUCCUGAACUUUUGUCCAUCGAUUACAUUAUCCGGCCCUGAAAAAGAAGCCAGUGAAGUUAACUUCAACAAUCUUCUUCACGUGGUUUACGAUUUCAAGAAUCCCGAGGAAAAUUUGUUUCUGGACCCUGUUACUAACUUUGCUCCUUUGCCUCGCUCGCCGGAUCCUCAAUGCUUGACAUACAUUGUUCUCCACAACUGGGUGUUAGCUCACAUUAUAAAGAAAAUCCAUACGUCACCUAACGAUAAUAGCUUGCAACAGAGUAUGGAUGCACGUACUAAAUGUCUAAACAAUUAUAUGGAAUUAGAAAGAUUCAAUUGUACCAAACAUUUGUUUGGUAACAACAAAUACCUUGCAUCGCUCCAUACCACUGUGGACCUCGAUAAGUUAUUUUUGUUCAUGCCGCAGUUGAUUGAAUCCGGGAAGAUCUUGAAAUGCUUGAAUAUAAUAGAGUCCUUGUCGGAGCGCCAGUUGAUGUGUAGUGCCAAUUUGUCCAACUUAAGAGACUUGAUCCUUUUUAAACUGGCUACUAAUCCAAAGAUCGCCAAUAACUGGAAAUACUGUCAGUACCUUAAAUGCCCUGAACUGAAGGUGGAUCUCAUUCUUAACAAUUUGAGCGUUUGGUCUGCUGAAGGAGCCUUGGAAGUGUUAGAUUACCUUCGAUUUCUCUUGAAUCAAGAACUUUUGGAUGAAGGAUUAUAUGAGAAAUGUUCUGAUUGGAUUGUCAAAAUACCCUUGUAUGAUCAGAUAGCGGCUAUAAUGGGAGCAAAUCACUGGUAUGCGAUAUACGAAAUAUCACUCGAAAAUCCAGAGAGUGUUAUUGAAAUUCUUAUGGAUAGCCAACAGUUUAAACUAUGCUUAGAGUGGGCGGAUGCACACGAGGUAUCAGAUAACAUGAAAAAUUUGAUCGUUAUGAAUCUCCUACGACAAAUGUUUGAAUAUACAAAUCAGGCGACUCCACAUUUAGUUCAUGAACUUCUAUUACGGCUGCCGACCUCCCAGGCCAUGGAUAUUAUUCACGACGAGAUGUCUAAAGUGCGUAAUGUGGAAAUACUUCAAGUAUGCGUCGACUUUAUAUCCGAAAGCUCAUUCGAUUGGAAGGCGUUUGAAAAUAUAAAAUUGGGACUUCAAAUUAUGCUCGAAAUCGAUCCCAAUUGGCGGGGCAUGUUCUGGGAGCUCAUAGAAAGCCCCCUUCUAAUGAUCGAACAGUUCUUAAUGAAUGGGAAGUUAGAUAUCCUAGCUGUCAUAUUAAACAAGAUCGCGCCGAAAUUGAAAAAAGAUCCCAGUGGUGACAACUUAUACUACAAUAUAAAAUCUAUUGAAAACCUGGUGAUAUCGAGAAAUGCCGUUGAUGCGCUUUUGCGAUAUUACGCUGAAAAAGCUUUGGAUAUGAAAAACCCCAGAAAUGUGUUCCCUGUACCGCCCAAACCCUCCGACGAUUCGUUAUUACAGUCUAUAGAUUCUAUAAAUAUUGAAGCGGCGAAUAAACCAUUCGUGAUGCCAGAGCAAGUACCGAGUAAACAACAAUGGGUUGAGGACUAUUCAGUGGACAGAUGUAUGUUGUGUCAUACGGCAAUAUUUUCCAUGAUAAUUCGGAGACAUCAUUGUCGACGUUGCGGACGGCUGGUGUGUCAUGCAUGUUCAAGGCAUAGAAUGCAAGUGCCUACAUAUCCCAGCGGUGUUAAGUUCCGUGUAUGUGAAGAUUGUUACACUCAGACAAUGAAUCGUAAAGCAAAUUCUGAACAUGACGGUAUGAUGUUGAGUAGUAACUCUGACUCGGUGGCCAGCGGUGUCACGUGUAUGGAUUGGUGUCUGUCAACAAAUGCUAAAAGAAAUGACGCAGUAAGAACUGAGUUUAGUUACGAAUUUACGCCAAAUGUGACCCUUUGUUUGUCGAUAAUGAAGAUGCAUUCAAUUAAUUUGGAUUACCCGAGGUUCCUAUUAGACCGCAGCGAUGAAGUAGCUCGUGAGUUGUCGAGCGGUGGCGAUGCGCGAUUGUUAGUUCGAGCGCGGCGCUCGCUACUGCUCGCUGCCGCCGAGUUGUAUUCAAGAACUCCACAAGAAUCUACCGCGCCGGGCAGCCGCGCAGUGGUGGCGGAGACUGGCGCGUUGCACGCAGCGCGGUGCCUGGCGCACGCGGACGCCAUGGCCACGCUCGUCACGCACCAGGCGCACCACCUCGUGCCGCAGCAGGGCGCGCACCCCAGUCAAAUAAUAAGGUCACUGUUAGAAGCUGAAAAAUGGGAAUUAGCGUUAGAGAUUGCUACCAAAUCGGGUCUGCCGAGAAACAGUGUUCUAGCAGCGUGGGGCAAGGCAUGCUUAAAGGCUGGCUGUUUUAAACAAGCCCGAGAGAAAUUCGUACACUGUUUUAAAAAUACCUUGAAUGUUUGCGCUGAAGUUUCCGAAGACUGUGAAUUUGGAAAGGAGGCAUCUGAAUCUCAGUUGAUUAAUAGGAGGUUACAGAAUAUGAGGUACUCGGAGAGAAGGAGCUCAAUGUCCAGUGUGCAAUCGGACGGACGUCCUCGGUCCAACCCUCCGCUGCUUAAUGAAAUUAUCAGUAUGCUCGAAGAUAUGAACUAUCCCGUUAAUCAACAAUUACUAAACAAAGCCGAAACGAUUAAGUCCACAAACGAAAAGCUGACGACAAUGAAUACAAACAGAAAAAAGAUACAACUAACCGAACCGGCUCUGAACAUCAUGCACACAUUGGCUAGCGUUAAAAAAAUCAAGCUAGGUGAUUACAGUGAUUUUCAAACGGCCGUCGUCCAACCUAAGAAAAGCUUGGCACAGGGUCUUUUGAGAAGAAACAAUAAUCAAAACGAGCCCAAAGUCGAUCAUCAACUUAAAAGAUUAGAUCCUUUCUUUUAUAAAGAGUGCGUUUAUUAUCUGACGAACUACGGAUCUCACGUUGCGAACAUAGCUUUCUAUAUGAAACACAGUAACUUGAGUGAAGUGAUUAGAUACUGUUACGACAACUUAGUCGAUAAAGAGACCUUUACCGAGUCCGUUUAUAUGGAAUGCUUAAAAAAGGAUAAAGUAAAUGAUCUGUUAAAAGCUAUGAGCGACAUCGAUAGUACAUUUGAUAUGUGGGCGGAGUACAUAAUGCAUGUGUGCCGUACGCUGGAAAUGAGCAAGCGGCUGGAGGCGCUGUACGCGGUGCAGUGCGGCACAGCGCAGCACGCGCGCGCUGCCGCCACGUGCGCGCUGUUGUACGCGCGCCCCGCUCUCCCCACCACCCCCGCUGCCCCCGUCGGCCCCGCUGCCUCCGCCGGCCCCGCUGUCCCCGCCGCCCCGACCAGCCUCUUUGCGGCGCUGCACGCGCGCCAGCAUCACCUCUCCGCCGCUCUGCAUCACCUGUCUCACUGCGUGCCGGUCGCUGUCAAAACGAAUGACGCGCGAUCCUUUCAUUUCAACUUGGACAAGGCUACUAUAGACAAUCUCAUGACUACGAUCACACGACAAAUGGAGCUAGCCAAAUUUUUAGCAUCAUGUGAAGCGAGUGGCAGAUUGACUGAGAAAGUUCUCAGUGAAGCGAUUCCCAUACAAAAUACACGGAAAGUAUCAGAGAGCUCUGACUUUAGGCCGCUCACAUUAUUCGGAUCUAACACUGAUAAAAUAAGGUUGGUCGCUGUUGUAUUGGCAAGUGGACCUACCAUAGAAGUGGGAUUCGAAUUAGCCUUCAAGAUCAUAACCGAACACAAGCUAGACUCGAUGAACAUUUAUAUUCAUGUGGCAAGAUUUUUAGUUAAUGUUGAUAGAUUUAUUGAAGUCAAGACAUUGGCUAAGUGCAUACGAGCGUCCAAAGAAACUGCUGCUAGUUUGAUGAGUGACCAAGUUUUGGAGUCGGGAGUAAGUGCGGUGGUGACACGCUGCGAAUCCCGUGGUCAGCUGUACGACGAACAAGCCGAGAUACUUAUAGAUGAUAUACACAGCAUUACUAUUAAGAUAUCCUGUUACCUAGUGUGUCAUAACGCGAGUAGUGCUUACAUUCUAGCGGCUCGCCACGACCGGACAAAUGAUCUGCGUCGCGUACUGCACGAAGCCGAACGUAUUGGAAACGACCAAGUGAGGAAUGCCUGUCUCAAACGACUCACUUCGAAAAAUGUGAAGUGA